UCGGGAGUUGAUGUGCUCAGGCCGCCCGCCACCUGCAGUCAAGAAUCAAUAAUGCUGUACGGUCCGGUACGGAGUAGCCCUCACCACUCGCGUAGCGUCCAAUACUCCAAUUCGCAUUGCACCAUUUCGAAAAUCUGGACCACUACAGUAUCCUCCCAGAGGAUACUUGAGUCUCUCGUCAGACUCUUUCGAUGUCUCAUCACAGUCGAAUGCCAACGAUACUGCCUUUGGACCACCCGCCAUGCCAGUGCCUCUCGAUUGGCAUCUCAACGGCGGGUCGGCGACACGCGCGUUGUGCUCAGCACGCUCGCUUCCAACAAGCGGCGGUUGUUGGUCCCUCGAUCGGACCACAGGACGAUGCGGUACAAAGCGGAUACUCGACCACAGGCCCAAAACCCGCUUGCUCGAGGUACCGUUCGUGGGAGGCGCUCGUACCGCUUGCCAACAGGACUACCGUUGGAGCGACCUGAUCUCGUCCCUUUCCCGUCGGCGCUAUCCCUGCUCGUUUUCCACCUUCCCCAUGCGAUGGCGUGGAUGGCUGAGGACACGCGCCCAAUGGGAGCCGACGCCGGUGUCGUUAGCUUGUCUCGAAUGUCCCGUUGAUGGACGUGGGCUUGAGCCUUUAAUCAUAACCGCACCAACGCACGCCACAGACGAGAUUUGGAGCUCUAGCGAGACGACGAUGCACAACGGCCCAGGCUCUGGGGAUAUCGAUACCAUCAACAUUAAGUAGUCAGUACCGAUUUCGUGCACAAUUCGAAAGCCUUCUUGAUGCCUUCGAUGGUAUGAUGGCGCAGCCGCGCAGGGCUGGCGGAAACCUGCCAGUGCUGUUAUUGUCCCAGUACCGG